CGAACACCGCUACAAUGCAAUUUGUGACAUCUGACAUGCUGAGAGUGAGCACCACGUGAAGAACCAGACGAAAAGGUGCAUUCAUGUUCCUCUGUUAAAAUCAGGAGGGGGCAUAAGAAUUCACAGAGAAAUACCUAUACCUCAUGUGACUCUAACCAACUGUGUUGCUCUGGUCGAUCAGUAAGCUGCUGCUCCUGCCGCUGCUGAUGAAUAUGUUGAUGGAGGGGGUUGCUUGUUCGUCUUCUUCUGCCCGUCUUGAUGUGAACUAGAGCUGGUGGUGAGACAGGAGGGGAAACACGCAGUCAGAGUGGUCGUCUUGUGCUUUCAGAGCCAGGGCACUUUCACGGAUUUCAUCACGAUGGCUUGGAGAGGAGGGAGAACACGGCCGUUUUAUCGACAAAUUCCUUAUUUAAACUAAAGACGGGUGUUGUUUCAGACCCGAGGACUGAGAAGAAAAAGAAAAGAGGUGGAAGAAGUACUUCGAUUGUGUAAAAGCAGAACUACCAGAAUGCAGGAUUAUUCAGUAACAAGUGAUGAGCUGGAUGGUGACAUGUGAAUAAUGAAGACCAUGAAGCCCACACACAAGGCGCUGUUCAUCCUGUGCCCCACGCUGGUCCUGGGCUUUAUUUACUACUCCUCCGGGAAGCUGCAUCUACACGUAUGGGGCCCGAAGCCUCAGAGUGAUGCAGAAGAGACAACUGUAGUCCUGACUAAAGGGGCAGAAGUGAAAAGAAUUCCAGAGUUGGAAACGGAAAUCACCGGGGGACGAAUAGUAGGCUCAGUGUAUGAUAAGCAGGGCUUUCUGCUGCAGCUGGACACAAAACUGCCACAGGAGUUGGCGUACAAGUAUGGCAACCUCAGCGAAGGAGCGUGCAAGCCGGGAUACGCAGCAGCCAAGAUGACCACCAUCUAUCCUAAGUUCAUGAAACCAGCACCCAUGUUUCUUGAUCGAAACUUCAAACUUCUUGCAAAAGUCAGCAAUUACUUACCUCCGUUUGGAUUCAAAACACAAGAGAAAGUCAUAGACAGCAUUCUCACUGCCACAAAAUAUUACGGACUCGGGGAGCAUCUGGACAGUCUCAGCUGUAAAAGAUGCAUCAUUGUGGGCAACGGGGGAAUCCUGUUCAACAAGUCUCUGGGCUCCCGUAUAGAUGAAUACGAUGUCGUAGUGAGGUUGAAUGAAGCCCCGGUAAAAGGUUACAGCAAAGACGUGGGGACCAAAACCACCAUUAGGAUUACCUAUCCAGAGGGAGCGAUCCAGAAGAGCGACAACUAUGAAAAAGACUCCCUUUUUGUUUUUUCCGCUUUCAAACCACUGGAUUUCAAGUGGCUCAGACAGAUGGUCUUUAAGGAGAAACUGAGGGGGACAGAGGGUUUCUGGAAGUCGGUGGCUCACUAUGUGCCUCGGGAGCCCACAGAGAUGAGAAUCCUUAACCCCUACUUCAUCCAGGAGGCUGCCUUCCAGUUCAUUGGCCUGCCCUUAAACAACGGCCUCAUGGGCAAAGGGGUAAGACACAUGCAGGCAUCCUUGUAACAAUAUCAUUUAGAAAAAUCAACAAAUG